UUUUCAACUCCUUUUAUAUACCAUAAAAUGUGUGAGAAAUAUGCUACAAUGAAAGUGCUGGCACUAACUUAUAUCUUGUCUUUUGAAAUGGCAGGUUUCUUAUACAGGUUAAGAGAUUUGAUUAAUUAUAUAAUAAAGUGUGAUAGCCACCGUGCCUGAUAUAACGUCACUGUUACGCUUUGAAAGAAAAACGUCCAACUGCACAAACACAGACCACACCCUCUAAAGUUCCUGGAGCAAGAUUCAAACUGAUUUUAUAUUGGCAUUGAGAUGCUCCUGAAGUAGCUGCACAAGAGUAGUCAUGGAAAUCUUACACUUUGAGGAGGUGCAGCGUGUCGCAGGUGUCAGAAUACAGCUGCAGCAAGGUGGUGACAUUUCUAUUCAACAGUAUUUUCUCAGAAGACUCCAGUGAUGAGGAUGCCUGCAUAGCACCACGGGCACUUAAUAGUGAGGAAGGAUCCGUGUGCUGUGUUUGUGGUGACAACAUCACCUUCUUGAAUAAUGCUGCUGGCGUUACACUUAAAAAAUGCCCAACCAAAGUAAAGAUCUGAGUGUGGAAUCUGUGGCGGUCUCUUUAGUUGCAUGUGGCUUCUGAAUGGACAUAUGGAAAAGCACCAGAAAGACACAAUGGAGGUAAAACCUGUGGUUAAAAUGGAAGAGACAGAUGAAAUCAGCAUCAAAGACGCCAUAAAAUACACUGAUAUGAGAAAAACAACCUUAUGGGAUCAUUCAUAUUGUGUCUCAGAGCAAGUUGCUACAAAUGACGCUUGCAAGGCCACGCAGAAACGCAUCGACAACUCCACAAAUCAAGCCUCACACAUCAAAACAGAAACCGAAAGAUUGCCUGUUACUGAUAAACAAAACGACAUCUUCAGCUUUUCCUCAUGCCUCUUGAGUCAAUCAGAGCAAGAGCAUCUAAGCUUUAGACUGAAGGAAGAGAAUGACAUUGAGGAUGGGCUCGGAGAAACUGCAGCUUGUGAGGUGGCUGCAGAAGAGGAAAUUGGACUGACGGAGGAUGACGAAAGUGCUGUCACAGACGACAAGGUAAAUCCUGACUCACUACCCCCUGGUGACACGGCGUACAUCCCAGAUGUGGACUUAAGCUCAGAUCCUGAUGACAGUGACUCAAGAAGCAGCUCCUACGACAGUCACCGAAAGAAAAAGAGACGGAAGAAACAGACCCCAGGCAGGAAAAGACCUGCAAAUAGGAAUCUAGGGUCAGUGGACAUUGCAAAGAAAUUUGGGUUUCAGUCUGAUUCUCCCUUUUGCUGCUAUGGCAAAUUCGCUAAUUUGGGGAAGCACAUGGACGAUUGCAGGAACAAACUGAGGUUUGCUUGUUGCCUGUGCAGAAUGGUGUGUGAGCAUGAAGAGUUGCUGCUAAAGCACAUGACCGAAAAACACCCCUCAGCUGGGUAUGUCUGUGCAUACUGCCACAAUGUUUUCUCAAGACAGGACAGUUUCAAAAAUCAUGUCUGUUUGAGAAGACCAACAGGCAGCAUAAAAUUGCCGGCCACCCCAGUAACCCAGUUACCUGUUGUGCCUUUAUCCGCCAGCAGCAGUCAAGUAAGACCUUCUGCCACUGCUUUGUACACCAAUCAAAACCCCAUUCAAAUUAUCAAAAUAACUCAGACAGUGAACAAAGUUUCCACAACCCCUGAUCCUACACCUGCGGAGACCACCUUGGGAUCAGCUAAAGCUUUAACGCUGCACCAAUUGCUUCAGGCAACUCCUGUGAUUCCUGCUAAGGUGACUGACUUGGUUCCACAAGUUGUGGCAGUGCCUAAAACUCUUGUCAGGCCCCAUUUCCCUCUGAGUUCUUGUGUCCCUCGCCCGAAAGUUCCUGUCCUUUUAUCUUCGGUUGUGCGCCCCUUAAUCCCAAAUCCGGCCAGGAUGACUCUUCGUAUCCCUACCCCUUCCAAUCCACCUCUUCCAGCUCAAGUAGUUGUAUCCUUCUCACCUACUGUGAACGUCUUUACACCCAGGCUAGUAUCAGCCAACAGGCCUGUUCUGAGAAAAACGCCUCCGGUUAAUAUUAGACCCCUACCUGUAAACAUCCCACUGAUGACCUCGGUCACUUGUCCUACCCUGGUCAGGUCUCUUAUUGGGAACAACCAGCCACAGAUCCCUCCUGCCCAGGUUAAGGCUCCGUUACAAAUAGUGGGCAUGUUUGUGAACCGAAGCAGGGAUUUGGCUUUGCAGAAGCGACUCAAGCAGAGUUGGCGCUCAAAGACCAUCUUCUCCUGUCGUCACUGCGGUGUGAUCUCGAGACAACCAUCGCUGAGGGUGCGUCAUCGCUACUUACACCGCGGGUCAAGGUUGUACAGAUGUCAGUGUGGAAGGUCUUUCCAAAGGCAGCUGCAUUUGCUGAGACACCAGGUUCAGCAUGCUGAGUCGGUCCGAUUUGUUUGUGCACGAUGUGGAAAUACAUUUGAAGGGGCGCAUAAACUGACCUGGCAUAAACGGAAGCAUAGAAAUGGCAGGCGGUGUGCGAAGAAGAAAUGCAUGACGGCUUUUGACUGUAGCUGUGGACAGAUGUUUACAAGGCCAUCUGCACUGUUGUGGCACAUGCUUAAAAACUCAAAUCUUUCAAACCGCACUCGAAAAAACUCACAAUCUGUCUCUGUUUGAAUUAUUUGUGUAAAUAAAUCACACAUAAGAUUGUAAACUCACCUUUUUAAACAUCUGGGCCAAUCAACUGCCCUAAGUGAUCUUUGUACAGUGUUUGUAUUAUGUAGUCAGCGGUGAUGUAAUCAGAUUUCUUCUUCUUUUUUUUUAUUUUUCUUUUUUUUUUUUUUUGUAAGCUGAAGACUUAGUCCAAAUCUGUAAUAGCACAGAUAGUAACAUUUUAACACCAUAGAUAAGUUUUGUUUCAGAGAAAUGUUACGUGAGCAUUGGUAUAAUUGAUCUUUAUAAUUUAUAUAAAUGGAGAUUGUUGUUCUCUGUCAUAAGAUGGAUGCAACUACUGAAAGAAUGCUGAGUAUUUAAAGCAAGCUCUCGUUUAUUAAUGACCAAAGAAAAACACAAUUUUUCUUUUUCAUUUUUAUAAGGGUUUUGUGUCAUAAGGCUAUGAUUCAC